CAUGGGGCAUGCGCUUGGGCUUAGGCUUGGGCUUAGGCUUGGGCUUGGGCGGUGCGGUCGCUCGAUGCGACGGCAGCUGCUUCUAGACUGAGGGGCGGAAUGGAGGGAUUGAUGGAUGGAUGGAUGGAUGGGAGACAUCUGGGCGCUCGCGCCCUCGCGGCCUGGCUGCGUCGCCGACGGCGCAGGAAAUGCGCUCCGCGUGUGGCCGAGGAGGGCAACAAGAGAGGGUGCACGUGCGCGCGCAUUGUUGUCGACAUCCUGCGCACACAUACCUACCUACCUACCUACCUACCUACCGACCAGAACACCCGACGACCAGUCUGGCGGGCAGCCUGGCUGGCCGGCUGGGCGCGUGCAGAGUGCGGCGAUAAGUGCGUGUGUCGUGUGUUCAGCGUGCUGCUGCUUCGACUCUCUGCGCCGUGCUGACUGCGUCUCGCCCGACGCGGCCGCGGAGCGACGUGAACGAGCGAAGAGGAGGGGACGGGAGUCUGGAUUAUUCGCCGCGAUCCUCCUCAUCCUCCCCUCUCUCUCUCGUCACAGCCCAGCCCGUCGCGCUGCAGCUGCCCACUCGUCGCCUCUGCCACGACUCGACCGACGCGACUCGUCCCCUCCUGGCUCUGCUGCUUUGUCCCCCUUCCGGCUCGACAAAUGCGACGCGCACCUACACCACCGAGCUCCUCCCUGUCGCUCCCUCCUCUACCUACAUCUCCCUCUCCCCAUGCCGGAAGAUCCAUCCCGACCGUCUUUUGAGCAAGUAAAGCGGCGAUCAUGUCCUCGCGCGGCCAACCAGGACAACAGGCUUAUAGGAGGUAGGCCUGUCUUUUUUUUUUGCCUCAAUUUCUUUUUUUUACUUUUUCUUACCUACCAUGCGCUCCGACACGUCUUCGGUCUGUCCUAGAAGGAGAAAGCGAAGAAACAAAAAUCCCCCCUCUCCAAGGGAAACGGGAAGAUGCUAAUUCGCCAAUGGCAUUGUCGCAUGACCUCGUUUAUAACUACCCGACUCGAUUGUAUACCUACAUGACCCUUU